UGUGGGAGGUGAGCUUCCGCUUCCGUUUUGCGGAGAGUCCUCCCGGCGCCGCCACCGCCACUGCUGCCGCUUCUACCCUGCCGCCGGGAGAGGCCCGGAGCCCCCGCGAGGGCCAUAGAGAGGGGCUGGGGUAGAGCGGUUCCCCUCCCCUUUGAUCACUGGGCAUUGCCAGGGAGACGAGGGAGUCCGGGGCGGAGUCCUCCCUCAGGCUGGGCCAGGCCGAGGUUUUUUCCAUAGGGACGGAGCCGUCGCCUCUCCCCGCUCCCUCCGUCCUCGCUGCCCGCCUGACCCGGAAUCCAGCGUGACGCCUGAUCCCAGGUAGCCUUUGCCCAAGGAAGCUGCUCUGAACUCUGACCCUCCGGCCCCGGAGUGAUCUCUGACCUUCCUGCCUGCGUGACCUUUGAACCUAGCACCCUACCCGAUCCAAGUGCCCCCCGCCUCACGAUCGCUGUUGGAAACCCCUCUUUGCUUCGUUCCCCGGGACAGCCCCACUCCUGAAUCCCACCCCCCCUCGGUGGCCUGGCAAGCUUCCUCCACCGGCGGCCCUUGCAAACCCCCAACUUGUCAAGAUCCCCCCGUUUUCCAAAGGAGACCCCUGGCGAUGCCCCCUGGCUGGGGGAAGUGGGGAGGCGGAAGCACCUUCUCUGGACCCUGAGGCUCUUGGGGUGAUAUUGCUGCUGUCUCCUUCGCCCGCCUAGCGCCUCCACUCACCUGGGGCUCAUAAAAGUGUGACCAAGAGGAAGUUGCCCGGAAGAUCUUCGGAAGAAGGGACGCCGAGAUCGUUGUGGCCAGGCGCGUCUUGGAAUGGCUGCCAUGCCUGGAUGGCCUCAGAGGGUGCCCGCGGCACACUAGGGACCCUCAGCCAAGUGGCACCGGGGCGGCUGCGGUGGCCUCGCCCCUCAGGAAGCCAGCCGGGACCCGGGAGACCACCUCUCCUGGUGUGAGCCGGUCCCGUCUCAAAGCCGUCAACGGGAAGCUCGGGGGAAGGGGAGGCCGCCCUCCCCACUGCCCACUCUGACAGCUGCCGCCAUGUCGACCUCCUCGCUGCGCCGCCAGAUGAAGAACAUAGUGCACAACUACUCUGAGGCGGAGAUCAAGGUGCGGGAGGCCACGUCCAACGACCCUUGGGGCCCGUCCAGCUCCCUCAUGUCUGAAAUCGCAGACCUCACUUACAACGUGGUGGCCUUCUCCGAAAUCAUGAGCAUGAUCUGGAAGCGUCUCAACGACCACGGCAAAAACUGGCGUCAUGUCUAUAAGGCCAUGACGCUGAUGGAAUACCUGAUCAAGACGGGCUCGGAACGGGUGGCGCAGCAAUGCAAGGAGAACAUCUACGCCAUCCAGACGCUAAAAGACUUCCAGUACGUUGACCGCGAUGGCAAGGACCAGGGAGUCAAUGUGCGGGAGAAGGCCAAGCAGCUAGUGGCCCUCCUAAAAGAUGAUGAGCGUCUCAAGGAGGAGCGGGCCCACGCCCUUAAAACCAAGGAGAAGCUGGCCCAGACUGCGACCGCUUCUUCAGCUUCCUCAUCUUUGGCAAAUGCCCCAGUGGAAGCGGAGCAGGCUUGGCCCCAGAGCAGCGGGGAAGAGGAGCUGCAGUUACAGCUGGCGCUGGCCAUGAGCAAAGAGGAAGCGGAGCAGCCCCCCUCAGCACCCUGCAGUUUGGGGAACAAAGAUGGUAAUCAUGUUGGAGGGAGAGAAGAGCCAAUCUAUGGUGCUCGUGAGAGGAGAGGAAGUGGAUCAUCUCAGUUUGGGGAGUCGCAUGUCCUUCAGCAUGAAGGGCUGAAGCUCAGUGGCAGAGCACCUGCUUUGCAUGCAGAAGGUUCCAGGUUCAAUCCCUGGCAUCUCCAGCCCCCUGCAGUGGCCGACGAGGACCUACAGCUCCAGCUAGCCCUUAGCUUGAGCAAAGAGGAACACGACAAGGAAGAGCGGAUCCGGCGUGGGGAUGACCUACGACUCCAGAUGGCCAUCGAGGAGAGCAAAAAGGAGACGGUGCCUGCCAAGGAGGAGUCAUCCCUCAUGGAUCUUGCUGAGGUCUUCACCGCCCCUCCCACUGCGGACCCCUGGGGCGGCCCUCCUGCUCCCGCUGACCCCUGGGGUGGCUCUGCCCCAGUUGUAUCCGCAGCUCCCACUGACCCAUGGGGACCAUCCGCUACCGGAGCAGCCCCUACAGGAGACCCGUGGGGGGCCUCUGCGGCGCCUCCUGCAGCCCCCCCAGACCCAUGGGGAGGUGCCCCGGCUGCAAGCAGUGACCCAUGGAAACCUGAAGGCGGAGGUUCCUCUGGGACCACAGCAGCGCCUCCCACAGACCCAUGGUCAUCUGGACCAGCUCCCACGUCCCAAGGGAAACCAGCGCCCGACCCUUGGGCUCCGGCAUCCACGUUUUCUGAUCCCUGGGGUGGCUCCCCUUCCAAGCCCAGCACGAACGGCACAGCAGCUGGCGGAGGCUUUGAGCAGUUUGGCAGCCCCGGGGAUGGGGACGAGUUCUCUGAUUUCGACAGCCUGCGCCCAGCACUGCCCAAAUCCGGGAGCAGCACAGGUGAGCUGUCCCUCUUAGCAGGGGAGGUGCCCAUAUGCCGACCCGGCAGUGGCACUGACAGCCCCAACACUUUUGACAUGGCCUCCAUGGGCGGGUCGCUGCCUGAGAUCUCCAAGCCAACGCGUAAGACCCCAGAGUCAUUUCUGGGCCCCAACGCUGCCCUCGUCGACCUGGACUCCCUGGUCAGCAAGCCUUCUACUGCCUCUAGCAUUGCAAAGGCCUCCAACCCCUUCUUAGCCCCUGGUUCAGCCCCAGCCCCAGCCGCGUCUGCCUCAACUACAAACCCCUUCCAGGCGACGGCAGCUGCCCCGCUUUCGCUCAACCAGCUCCGCGUCAGUCCGGUCCUCCCUUUGUCUCAGCCGGCGCCCCCUGCCUUCCCCGCUGCAGCUCCUAUGGUCUCUGUCUCCCCCAUGGCCCCCGGGAUGCCCUUGGCCUCCGUUUCCCCCAUGGUGGGGGUGCAGCCUUUGGGCGCUGUCCCGCCUAUGGGGCUCCCUGCCAUGGGCCUGCCCCCUCAGAGCCUGCCGCCCAGCAGCACCUCAGCCGCCUCCAUGGGCAGCACCAACCCCUUCUUGCUAUAAUCAGGGGGACCUUUGAGCCCUAUGGGGAUGACACCCCCUUGUCACACAUACACCCCACAUUCCCAGUUUGCAAAGGGGGGCCCUUAGUUUCCACCCACAAAACGGGGCUGCCGGGAAGGUGGGGGGAGAGAGAAGGAAGGGAAGAGACUUGAGUCCUUAUGGCGAGCUCCUCCGCCCCCAUGUUGGGGGUAGGGUGGACUUAAUUUUUUCUCUUUUUGGUUUUGGUUUGGGGGCUUAAUUUAAGAGCUCCUUCCCUCCCCCCCAUUUCUGCUGUCCUGUCGGCAGCAGGGGCAGCUCCCUUCUCUAACUCAGUUGAGGUUUCAGUGUCACAUUUGAGGGGAGGAAACUACGAACCAACAACAGAUCUAGAGUUGGGGGUGGGGGUGUUGAGGGGUGGGGGUGGGGUCUUCGCCAAAGGCAGGUGUUUGUUGUUGCUGCUCUUUGUGCCCUCUCCCAUAUUGGCCACAGAAACCCUUCCCAUGUUGAAAGGUGAGGGGGGGAUUAUCAUAUUUUGGUCAACCCCUCCCACACCUUCCUUCAUAAGUCUCUCUCUCUCUUUCUCUCUCUCUCUUCCCUUUUGCAGAAGGGAUGGAGGAAGAGAAGUGGCCAUGUGCCUCUACCUACCUCCUAGGCCCUUCCUAACAAAGUUUCCUUGUGGGUAGUGGGGAGAGACGGAUGGACACUGUCCUUUUAAAUUAUGAUUUUAUUUUGGUAGGCACUCCCCCACCUCCCUUCCAAAUGUUUGGUUACAUCUCCAUCCCCUCCUGCCCCACCCCUGUGCUGGGACCAGCCCUUUUCUGCCUCUUCUUCUUUUUCCACGUAAGGGGGUGACGUCGGUGAAUCCCCUUCACUACACCUGGGAACGGUUGAGACACUGGGAAUACUUGUCUCUUCCGUCUCGGGGGCCAGGCGGGAUACCACUAAUCUGCGGUCAGAGACCAAAAGCUGGAUCUGGAAAGGGGGGGCUGGACCAUCAUUCCUCGCAGGGCAAUCAGGCCACCGCUACACUUUGCCGCCUGCCCUCUGCAGACUCCCGGGCCGAAGGGAGCCACCAUUUUUGUUUCGUUUUGCAAGGAUCGUGGAGCCCUAGCGGCACAUCACACCUGGGGGGUGGGGUGGGGACUUGAAACAGCCAACAUAGCCUGUUGUGAAGAAGGAACCUGGAAGCCAUCGGAGGAUCGAUACUCUUGAGAAUCUUAAAAGAAAGAAAGAAAACGUUUUCCAACAGCAACAUGUCCAGGGGGGCGGGGAAGUAUUGCAGAAUUUGAGUCUCUCUCUCUCUCUUGGCCUGCUUUGUGGAAGCCCAGAAACAGCCAAAGGCCCUCUGCCAGAUAUGGAACGGCAGGGGAUCUGUAAAGCCCAGCCGCCCUUCUCCGUUUCUGCACUGCAGCAGGCCAGGGUGAGGACUCCGAUGAUGAGUGUGGACAAAGCAACAACGUCCCUGCGGAGGAGGACAUUCUCCCUCUCUUUCUCUUAUGCCAACAGUGUGCAUUGCUUGAAAAGGGAGUGGGGGGGGGACCACACGCAGCCACACCCAUAACCCGUGGACCCCACUUUGCAGCACUAUUCGCACAGGGGGUGAUCAAAUGCAGUCUGAGCCGUCCACAUGUGACCUACUUUUCUCCCCUCCUGCUGCAACCUCCUUUGUGCGCAUGUGUAGGGUUUUUUUUGGGGGGUGGUGGUGGUGUUGCUCCCACUGCUGACCCACUCGAGACCCCCAGAGAGGACAUGCCUUCUUUGACUUGUAAAACAGCGGAGUCCUCCGUCCGUUCCAACAGCACAGCACAGCGAAGAAGCCCCCACCGUUCUUCAAGACACGUUGAAGGAGGGAAGGAGGGGGGAGAUGGGUAGGUGGGCUGAUUCUGGCCCUUUGGGAGCCAACAGCGUGUGUGCAGAGGGAGGGUCCGAGGCUGCGUGUGCGUGUUUGUGUGCGUGCGUGUGUGCGUGUAUGUGUAUAUGUGUUGCUGCUGUAAGUGAUUGUCGGUUCUUAUUUUAUGCUACAGGGGGUGGGGGCGCUUACUCAUUAGCACCCAGGACAAUCUGCUAAAUCCCUCAUUCUUCCCCACCCUCUGCUAUCCCAAAUCUCUUGCAAUUGUGUUUCUAAAGUGGGUGGGACAUCCUACAUCUCCCUGCUGCCGCCAUACCCCCCCCAAAAAAAACCCAAUCAUGCCAGGGGAUAAUUUUCUCCCGACACCAGUCAGUAUAUUUGCAGAAUCAUUGUGUCAUUGGUCAAGGGGUUGGGGUGGGGAAGAGUGGCUGUAUGUGACCCUCCCCCUCUUGGCUCUGCCCCAUCCCUUCCGUUAUCUUCCCCACCCCGACCCCCCAAGCCUACCCUGGUAUGCAUCAGAAAAAUGCUAUUAAUGAAAUGAAAUAAAUGGAAAUUCUUCUAUGGCACCCAAAGGCUUUGGCGCCUGGGUUUGCUUUUGAGGGAGAAGGGCAGAACUGGGGUCGGGGGUGAUGUUCAUCAUUUCAACCUUGAAUGUGGAGCCUGUGUGUUGCCCUACCCUGCAAAUGUUGCUGGGCUACAACUCUCAACAUCUCUCACUACUGGCCAUGCUGGCUCAGAGCGACACGAAAUGGGACCUUAGAAAAUCUAGAGGGCGGCAGGGUCUCCAUCCCUUACUUAGGCCAUCAUUUCCCUAUGCAGUGAAUUCCUACGAGACUGAGCCUCUCCUGAGAUGACAAACCCCUUUGUUUUGAGCACCCCUUGUACAAAAUCAGAGGCCGGAGUGCUUUGAAGGCGGAACUGUCAAGGUAAGUUACGAUUUGAACCACAGGAAUCUGAGAACAUUAAUUCGCCCUCCUCCUCCACCCACACCAGUGAGUCAUACCCAGGCAGUAAAACAAUGACUUCCAACAAUAACACUCAGGACUGGCUAAGAUGGGGGUAACAAAUGUGGGGCGCUCCAGGUGUCGGAGAUCUGAGUGGGCUAGCUCCUUCCAGACUCCAACCCCACUCUACCCCCACCCCAGAAAAAGCUAAUUUAAUUUUGUCCAGUGUGCAUUGGAAGUGUAUACAGACAAAACACGAGAUUGGAUGUGCUUGCUCGCAGUCUUACAAGGGUUUGCUAUUUCCUCCCAGUAUCUCUUGGGACCUCGAGAGUGCUUUGGGUUCAAAUAGCACUGGUGGCUGUAGGCAAUAUGGGCCAUUGGAUUUCCUCGUGAGUGAUUUCUGGCCCUGUCUCUGCUGCAGGCUGGUUCUGUUGGCAGGUCAGGUUCCUCUGCAUACGAUAAGGCGCAAGGUGGGCGUGGGGGCUGAAUCAUUAUGCACUCUGCGAUGUGGGAGCAAUUCAUACUGGCACCUUAAAAGGGCAAUGGCUUGAAAUAGCCUGUGAGCAUGUCUUGCGUAACCAUUCAGGGAAGGGAUGAUGCCUUGGGUGUGGGAAGCGAGUCCCUUUGGACCCAACUAGAGGAAAGGCUAUUCCCUUUCUAAACCUUUCCCCCUUGCCACAAUUGGCUUCCUGGCUAGCAUUCUCAACUCGGGAGUGUUGCAGGAUGCCUUCCUCGGCCGCCAUAUAGAUGCUUCAGCCAUGCCCAUUUGCUGUCUGUCAGGAGAAGGGCCUUGGCCUACCUAUGAAACCAAACUGAAGUGGUAGCCUGGGCUUAACCAACUCUUAUGUCAGGUGGGUGGUAUUUUUAUUACCCCCCCCCCCCCGGUGUUUAAAAUCCAUGAAGGUCCCUGCAAAUCAAGCUAGCUGGAGAGCGUCUAGCCAUUCCUACUUGCUAGUGUUGUAUUCUGUUUACAUGUGGGAAUAUAUACUUUUUUCUAACAACCUCCGUCCCGCAUACCUGUAAUUCGAAGUGGUACGACCCAUUCUGCUACCUCAUUCUGUCCCCUAUGUAAAUAAGGCCUCAAGAUCAAGGGCAUCAAGCUGGUCAUUGCUCUCAAGUUUUUUCUUUCUCAUAUCCUGGAUUUGCCCCUUAGCCACUCGUUUGCAAUACAGAGAAGAUACAAUACAGGACAUCUGCCCCCAAACUCAUGCCUUCCAGAUAUUGUUGGAUUAAAGCUUCCAUCAUCCCUGAAACUUGGCCAUGCUAGCUGGGGCUCAUGGGAGCUGGAUUCCGGUAACACCUUGAAAGGCCCCAGGUUACCCACUCCUGCCCUAAGUAUUUGCAGCAACCUAAUAAAGUCAGACUAGGAAUUAUUAGCCUAUCUGAGUCACAGAGGGGCUGGUGGAUUUUGAGGUAUGAACUUGCAGCCUUAUGGCUCACAAAUCCUUAACAGCUGCUUUACAGCAGUUCUCUGAUAUAAACUUCCUGGCUGCAGGAAGAGGAAGUUCACAUCGCUCAAGCUACGCCCAGUGCUUUGAACCCUGAAUCAUUCACAAGUCAUUGUGUAUCUUGAUUCUCUAACCACGGCUUCCACCCACCAGAGAGCAACUCUGCCAUUAAGAGGCUAAUGUUGCACACCCCUCUGUGCCAUAACAUGCCUGUUUCCACUCCUGCCUUUUGACUUAGCUCUGUGAAUGUAUAAGCAAGCUAAGUUUGCAAUCAGUUUUGGGUUGGAUUGGUUUAGGGGGGGAAUGGGCCAUAUCGGUACUGCCCAAAAGAUGGUUGCUAGCCUUGGAUAAUCAUCCUCAGGUAUCCAGCCACCCCCUACUUCUUGAUGGAAAGACCUUGGAGGUGGGGGCCUCAAGACUAGACAGGAUACGUGGGGUUUGCUUUUGGGCCAAGUGUACACAUGCAAUUUAAGGUUUGGUUCACA